AUGGAGCCACACGAAACUGAGUCUUCGGCCGACGACGGUGGUGAUCAUGCCGUAAACGCGUCAGAUCUGCUGCACGUCGAUGACGUUUGGACCAGAUACGCUCGCCGCGCAGGCAACACCGAGUCAAAGCCGACCAACGAGACCAUUGAACUUGGGCUUCAACCAAGUACCAAGAAGCGUCCACACGAACACACUCCUGACGAAGACGGAAAAAGAGUUCGCACCAAGACCCAUAGCGCGCCACAAAGCUCAACUACACCUGUCGAUCAGCCGACACCACCUUCAACCCCCCUCGGCGGACCAGCCCCAGACAUCAAGCAGAUCAUGACGAACCUUGCAGCAGUCACUGGUCAGAUUGUUGCAUCUACCAAAGACAAGUCCCCAACUGAUAGUAGCUCUGCCUCUAAGACCAUCGCGGACAAGUUACGAGAAGUGCUUAAGAUGCUUGUUCCUUGCGUAACCGAGGUCCGUUCCAUGGGGGUUCUCGGCGUUGAGGUCUUAGGGCUUGCAAGUUUGGUGGAUUCCUCGCUCGGGCGUGAGGGCAUACUUACCAUCAUCUCGUCGCCCUACGCCAAUAGUAUUCCCAAGCCAAUUGUUCUCUAUUACACCGAUUACUUCGCCGUUGGAGACACAUUCUGGGAUCGGGUGGUAGAGUUUGCGGCUGACCAAACCCUGGAACCUGGUGAGAAAGCCGCUCCAAGCUCACAAGGAAUGGUUUGUGUUGCCUUCCGUUUACAUAUUGUUACAAAAGUGACUCCGGCAAAUAUGUGGACGACAGUUGGCCGACUCAAUGGUGGAAACGGGCUUUCACAUCUACACAAAGACGACCUUUGGAUGCACCUGCAUCUUCACGACAGUGUGCACGGGCCGCUGCCACAAAAUGGGCUACUCAAGACGAACGGCACACCACACGAGUCGCUGACCUAUAGACGGGUCAGAGGUUACAAUCACUGGAACGUCGAUAAGAACGCCCACUUCUCCGCAGUAGAUGCAGUACCACACAUUCCUAGCGAGGGCAUGAAACCUCUGGGACUACUUGAUGAGGACAGUCGCGACCUGCUCAUGGGACUGAAAGCCAAUGCACACAGUCCAGACGGGGAAGUCUUCGUACGUCCAAAAGGUAUGAAUGUGGAUGCGGUCAAGAGCGGCCUUCGACAGGCGAACCAUCAUCUUCCGGGUGAUAUGCCUCGUCCACACAAUGCACAGAGGCGUGAACAUUUGUUCGGUCAAUUACGCACUCAUCCUUCCAAGAAAGAUUCCACGGAUCUUAUACGAGAGUCAAGCACAUUCAGCUCCGCGUACUCGGCAUCAGUUCCCCAAGCAGGAGAAGCCAAGUCUUCGGUUGAUCAGUCUCGAGACCAGUCCUCCAAAAAGGUCAAUCCAUCUCAAGUCAUGUCUCAACCCCGUGACAGCCCGGCAUCACAUUCGCAGCAGCAAGCACAAGCUCCGGUUGCGGUGAGGGAAGGUCGAAACUCUGCGGGCGAAAAGGCCGAUACCACAGCCACAGGUCUACGGGAAGCUCUUUCUCAUGCUAACAUGAAGCUCCAGACCGGUUCAAUCACCAACCAGCCGGCUAUGGCACAAGUUCUGAAUCAGACUCACAGUGGAGCAAUGGUCAACCCCGUCCUCAACGUGACAGAGCAAAACCAAUCGUUAAACAUCAACCAGCCUGUCUCGAACUCAUCAUUUAGCCCGGAAAGGAAAGGUGGCGAUGGAGGCUCUUAG